UUAGCACAGGGGUCCUUGUUAGCUUAGGAGCUAGCUAGCGUCAGCCGGUUUGAGCCUGAGCAUCCUUCUAGAAAAGCUCCACUUAAAGUAAAAAAAAAAAAAAAAAAAAAAAAAAAAAAAAAGACACGGACUGUACUGAUCGUUUCGCUGUUAACGUAAACCCCGGCAAAGAAAAUCUCUUUGAAGACAAAGAGAAUAAAGAUGCCUUCAGCAGCGGUUGGCAACAAUGCUGUCCAGUGUGCCAUUCCAGACUUGGGAAAUGGAAGUCAUUCUGAGACCAUGAAGCAGUUUCUUGGUGUUAUCGACAAAAAGGUCCGGAAUAUGGAAAAGAAAAAGUCCAAACUGGAUGACUAUCAGGCCAGAAAGAAUAAGGAAGAAAGACUGAAUCAGGAUCAGCUGGAAGCCUUGUCGAAGUAUCAAGAGAUCAUCAAUAACCUUGAUUUUGCUCGAGAACUGCAGAAGAGCUUCCUGGCUUUGGGCCAAGAGGUCCAGAAGGCAGUGAAAAAGUCUGCACGGCGAGAGCAGCUUCAGCGGGAGGAAAUGGAACAACGGCGGUUGAAGACGGUGUUGGAGCUCCAGUAUUUGUUGGACCAGCUAGGGGAGGACGGCGUGCGACAGGACCUUAAAAGACCAGAUUCCUCUGGCUCCCCUCUGCUCACAGAUGCUGACCUUGCAUCUUUUGAUGAGUUUUAUAAACUGGUGGGUCCUGACAGGAACUGUGAUAUCAGAUUGAUUGACCAGUAUGAAGAGGCCUCACAGCACUUGUGGUCUCUCCUUGAGGGUCGAGACAAGUCUGUGGCAGGAACCACAUACAAGUCACUGAGGGAGACUCUGGACAAACUACUGGUCAGUGGUUACUUUGACAGAGCAGAAUCUAAACAGAACGGGGCUUGUGAGACAGAAGAGAAGCCAGAAGAGCAGGCUGUGGUGGAUGAAACAGCGGUUACUGGGGAGCAGCCACCUGAACCUGAAGGACCAAAUAAUGAAAACUACACAGAGCCUGUCCAAGUGGAAACCACAGAGGUUUUUUUUAACAGACAGUUUGUUCCAGAAACUACAUACAGUAACACUGACAAAGACCAAGUGGAGGAGUGGACUGUGGAGGCUCAGAUGAAUUCCCUGCAGCACCACCCACCUGCACAGCUGGCUUCUGAGCCCACCAUGGCUGUGAACCAAGCUGCUCCUUCUCCUGCCACUGACCCUGUGGUCAGAAAGCAGGCGGUGCAAGAUCUCAUGGCUCAAAUGCAAGGGACUUACAACUUCAUGCAGGACUCCAUGUUGGAGUUUGACGGCCAGGCUCUGGACCCAGCCAUCGUGUCUGCCCAGCCAAUGAAAGCUCUGCAGACGGUUGACCUGCAGCAGAUGGGUGGCCCUUCAAUCCACUCAGAACCCAGGCUCCCUCAGACAAGUACUGUAUCUGCACCACAGGAAUCCUCCCAAACCUCUAUGUCUCUGUCAUCUGAACAGUCUUCUGCCCCAUGUUCCUUGUCUACCGCCUUCCCACCUGUCUCCAAACAUAUCCACUCCGGAGGCAUCAAUGUGAACGCAGCACCUUUCCAGUCAGUGCAAGCGGUAUUUAAUAUAAAUGCACCCGUACCUCCAUCCACUGACGGCCAAGCAGACUCCCUGAAGCAGUCCAGCCAAUUUCCUGGUGGCUAUGGCCAGGGCUUUACCAGCCAGUCAGAGAACACUGUAGAGCAGCCGGAAAUGCCACAGGAAAGAUUACAGUCAGUUGUUGGUGGAUUCCAGCCUCCAGAUCAGGUCAUGCCAUCAACAGGAAGUCACGAUGAUCCCUCUGCGGGGUCAGGGUUUGGGCCGUCCAGCCAGUCGUUUUACAGCAGCAGAGGUGCGCCCAGGGGUGGACCCAGAAACACCCGUGGCAUUAUGAAUGGAUACCGGGGCUCCUCAAAUGGAUUUAGAGGUGGUUAUGAAGGAUACCGUGCUCCGUUUUCAAACGCUCCUUCCAGCAGCGGUUAUGGCCAAACCCAGUUUAACACAUCUCGGGACUAUUCCAACAGCAGCUACCAGCGUGAGGGAUAUCAGCAAGGCUACAAGCGGGGAACUGCCCAAGGAUCAAGAGGCCUGUCCCGGGCCAACGCUCAAGCAAUGCGAUCCUAAAGGAUCAAAAGAACCGUCCUGUUGCGCCACGUUAAAACAUUCAGGAUUUUUGAAUGUGUUUGCCCAAGCUCACUUUUCUAACAUUUAAGUUCCGAUGGUUAAUUUUAUUUCAGGUUUUUUUUAACCCCCGCCCUACUUAUUAAUCAGCCUGCUGACAUUUAGAUCUUCUAAAUGUUCUAACUCAACAUGCUCAAGUUCACCACAUGUAGGAUUCUCAGAGAGUCUGUGUCAUGUAAAACUACAAAUAGAUGUUCCUGUAAACUUGAAAGAGUUCAUUAAUUUAUUUUUUUUACAAAGUAAAUGCAAAAAAUUACCCUGCCACUGUCGAUCUGAGUUCAUGGGAAUGGUUUUCUUGUACCUUGCUGUCGACGCUUCUCCCGUUUGAUCCAAUAAUUUUCAUAAACAUUUCCCCCCCGCCCCCUUUUUUUUUUUUUUUUUAACCCACUGUUCUGUUGCGCCGUAACCCAUUUGUACACUGAUGUUAUUGGUUAAGACUGUUUCAAUAAAGCUGUAUCCUAUAAACCUG